AUGGCUAGCGUAUCAUCAUCACUCCUUCUAGCAUCACCUUCUCCACUCUCCAUCCAAUUCCAAUCCUCCUCCUCCCACCUUUCCUUCUCUCGCUCCCAAAAUCUUCACUCACCGCUCACCACUUCAUCAUUGCCGUCGCUCUCAGCUUCUUCAAUCUCAUCUCUUUCACCAACCACUCCUUCUGUGUAUUGUGGCAGAGGCGAUAAGAAAACUGCUAAGGGAAAACGCUUCAAGCAUUCCUUUGGAAAUUCAAGACCAAGGAACAAGAACAAGGGUAGAGGACCACCUCGGAUUUAUGCUCCACCGGAUUCUACCAAAAAAGAUAAGCUUGAAGAUGAUGAAGUGCUUAAUAUUGACAUUAUCGAAUGA